CGGGGUCUCUCCCGGUUCCCCCACCCCCGUCCCGUCCCCUCCGCCCCGCCGGCGGCAGCAUGAGUGUGGUGGAGCACGUUCGCGAGAUGGCGGCCGCCGGGCUGCACUCGAACGUGCGGCUGCUCAGCGGGCUGCUCCUCACCAUGAGCGGCAACAACCCGGAGCUGUUCUCUCCCUCUCAGAAGUACCAGCUCCUUGUCUAUCACGCAGACUCCCUCUUCCAUGACAAGGAGUACAGGAAUGCUGUCAGCAAGUACACAAUGGCCUUACAGCAGAAAAAAGCCUUAAGUAAAACCUCCAAAGUCAGACCUUCUACUGGGAAUGCUGCAUCAACACCCCAAAGCCAGUGUUUACCGUCAGAAAUUGAAGUGAAAUACAAAAUGGCAGAAUGUUACACAAUGCUGAAGCAAGAUAAAGAUGCCAUUGCUAUUCUUGAUGGGAUUCCUUCCAGGCAGAGAACUCCAAAGAUCAAUAUGAUGCUGGCAAAUCUCUACAAGAAGGCAGGGCAGGAGCGCUCCUCGGUGACGAGCUACAAGGAGGUGCUGAGGCAGUGCCCCCUGGCCCUGGAUGCCAUCCUAGGUUUGCUGUCCCUGUCGGUGAAGGGAGCAGAGGUGGCCUCCAUGACCAUCAACAUAAUCCAGAGCAUUCCCAACCUGGACUGGCUCUCUGUGUGGAUCAAGGCAUACGCCUUUGUGCACACUGGAGACAACACCAGGGCAAUAAACACCAUUUGCUCUUUAGAGAAGAAGUCAUUGCUGAGGGAUAAUGUGGACUUGCUGGGGAGCUUAGCAGACCUGUACUUCAGAGCUGGAGACAAUAAAAACUCAAUCUUAAAAUUUGAACAAGCACAAAUGCUGGAUCCUUACCUAAUAAAAGGGAUGGAUGUUUAUGGUUAUUUAUUGGCGCGCGAGGGGCGGCUGGAGGAUGUGGAGAACCUGGGCUGCCGGCUCUUCAACAUUUCUGACCAACACGCAGAGCCCUGGGUGGUGUCUGGGUGUCACAGUUUCUACAGCAAACGAUACUCGCGUGCCUUGUACCUGGGAGCCAAAGCCAUCCAGCUGAACAGCAACAGCGUGCAGGCCCUGCUGCUGAAGGGAGCGGCCCUGCGCAACAUGGGCCGCGUGCAGGAGGCCAUCAUCCACUUCCGCGAGGCCAUCCGCCUGGCGCCCUGCCGCCUCGACUGCUACGAGGGUCUCAUCGAGUGUUACCUGGCAUCCAACAGCAUCCGUGAAGCCAUGGUGAUGGCAAACAACGUGUACAAAACCCUGGGGGCAAACGCACAGACCCUCACCCUGCUGGCCACAGUCUGCCUGGAGGACCCCGUCACGCAGGAAAAGGCAAAAACCCUGCUGGACAAAGCUCUCACACAAAGACCUGACUACAUCAAAGCUGUGGUGAAGAAAGCAGAACUUCUCAGUAGAGAGCAGAAGUACGAGGACGGGAUUGCCUUGCUGAGGAACGCCCUGGCCAACCAGAGCGACUGCGUCCUGCACCGCAUCCUGGGGGACUUCCUGGUGGCUGUCAACGAGUACCAGGAGGCCAUGGACCAGUACAGCAUAGCCCUGAGUUUGGAUCCAAACGAUCAGAAGUCCCUGGAAGGAUUGCAGAAAAUGGAAAAAGAGGAAAGUCCAACAGAUGCCACCCAGGAAGAAGAUGUGGAUGACAUGGAGGGGAGUGGAGAGGAAGGGGACUUGGAGGGCAGUGACAGUGAAGCAGCUCAGUGGGCAGAUCAAGAACAGUGGUUUGGGAUGCAGUAAAAGCUGCUGCUGCUCCUUUUGGCACUUGAACACACCACUAGGGCCACUCUCCUCAGAAGAACAGAAACUAUGAAUUUUUUUUCAGUAACAAAGGACUUUGUUUUCAUUUUUUUAAUAGACUCUGAAACCAGUUAAUAGUUCUGUACAUCUCAGUACUGUGGAGAUUCUUGAUGCUUCUUAUUUAUUAAGUGUAAGGGACUAACUGCGUCUGAAGUUAUUUGCAACUUUCAUUUUGAAAAAUUCCUGCUAAAACUAAAACCAUCAGAAUCUGA